GCACUUCAGCGAGCUCCGGGUCCGCCCUGCUGCAGCCCGGAGGGUGGGGGCCCGCGGGGAUGCGGCUGGAGGAGGCACCGCACAUCCGGGCGUGCCCGAGCCGGCAGCCGGCUGCAUAAUUGAUGGCGGGCCGGGCGCAGCGAGAGCCUCCCGGGGGAGCAGGGCAGCCGGCCCGGCCCCUCCCACUCCGCCUUUCUCGCGCGUCCGCCCCCGGGAUUGUCAGCAGGCCCUGGGCCAUCGGCGAGUGUGCACAGGGACUCGGGACACCGAGGGCAGCGAGCCGACGGAGCGGGCUGCGGCAGCACCGCGGCGGCUCCUCCCGCGCCAUGCGCGCCGUCCUCGGCCUGCGGGGACUCCCCUUCCUCUGCCUUCUCGUAGCAGCGCGCCCGAGCCUGGCGGACAGCGAGGACCCAGAUUCACCUUUUACAACUCUACCUGUCCAAGAAGACAUGAUGGCAAAAUACUCUAACCGUUCCUUGGAGAUUCAUAACAUAUCACUGACUGAAUAUUCCACUAUGCCAAUAGAAAAAAAUAUCACUUUAGACAGGCCUUCUACUAUAAAACUCAUGUGCCGGUUGACAACAUCUGGAGAUCUGAAUUCAGUGAAUGUGACUUGGAAAAAAGGUGAUGAAGUACUUGUUAAUAAUUAUUCCACCAGUGCAACAGGAAACAUCCUAUACACCCAAUACAUGUUAACCAUCAGUAAUAGCAAACAAAUGGGAAGUUAUUCUUGUCUCUUUCAAGAAGAAAAAGUACUAAGGGGAACAUUUAAUUUCAAAGUACCUGAACUUCAUGGAAAAAAUAAGCCAUUGAUCUCUUACGUGGGGGAUUCUACUGUCUUGACAUGUAAAUGUGAAGAUUGUUUUCCUUUAAAUUGGACCUGGUACAGCAGUAAUGGGAGUGUGCAGGUUCCUGUUGGCAGUCAGCAGAAUAAGCGUGUGGUGAAUGGGACAUAUGCUAAUGAGACGAGGCUCAAGAUAACACAGCUUCUGGAGGAAGAUGGGGGAUCCUACCGGUGCCAUGCGCUGUUCCAGCUAGGCGAGAGCGAAGAACACAUUGAACUUGUGGUGCUCAGCUAUUUGGUGCCCCUCAAACCAUUUCUUGCAAUAGUUGCUGAGGUCGUUCUUUUAGUGGCCAUUAUUCUGCUUUGUGAAAAGUACACCCAAAAGAAACAACAGCACUCAGACAGUGGGAAAGAAUUUGAACAAAUUGAACAACUGAAAUCAGAUGAUAGCAAUGGUGUAGAAAAUAAUGCUCCAAGGCUCAGAAAAACUGAACCUGCAGGCCAGUGAAUGCAAAGCAACAUGUCAAGGACCACAGGAAGAAGUCCAAAGAAUUUGUAUUGCAGCUUUGUUUAUUUUUCUUGUUAAGAGAAUCUGAGUUUUUAUUUUUAAGGAUGAAAACUUUGCAUCAUGCUCAGCUGUAGUUUCAUAAAUUAUAUAUGCUAUCUCAGAUCUAAAGAUAUAUUUUUAUUCUGUCAUUGUUUGAUAUUAAUGCAGGGUAAAUUGUAGUAAAUAUGGUCUAUGAACUAUAACCCAGGGUAACUAUUUUUAUUCUGGUCUUCAAGGAACACAGAGAAUAUGUACCAGCAAAAUCACUUAAUAGUUCAUAAAAUCAACGUCACUCAAGACCGGUUUAUAACCAAAGAAUUCAUUACAGAGAAUGCUCUUUCCAUUUGUCUUAAGAAGUUUUUCUCCAAUCAUGCUUUCUAUGUAUAGAAGUAUUUGUAACAAUUUUCAUGUAAAGUUAAUUCUUCUGUGAUAUUGAAAUAAAUGUCUUCAGUAGGGAAUAAAUGCUUUCUGCCUCUGCUUGUGAUGGUUUCUCUACAGUCUCCACAGCAAAACAAACUUCUUAUUGAGAACUGUUUGCAUAGGCAAGAAAAUAAAACCAUAUGCUUGCCCCAAAGCUCUUUCACUACAGAAGCAAAAUUUCCAGUGUUUAAUCCACUUAUAACCACUGCUUUCCCACACCAGACUAAAGUGCUUCUUAAAGCACAGUGUUGUUUUUUAUCUGUGGGUUUGGACUUCUUAAGGUAUUGAUGUUUUAGGGUCCAGGCCUACAUUGCCCUGAUGCAACAAUGCUGCAAUGAUGCUUUUGUGGUUCAUGGUUUUCUGGUAUCUUUUUAUUUGAUUCCUGUUUUCCUGGUAUUCUUGGCUAUUUGAUUAUCUAAAAAUGUAUUAUUAGUGAUUUACAAUAGUGAUUUCUUUGACUGAAAUCUAGAAGUGCUAAAGAAAUUUGUGUUUGUUUUGACUGCCUUACACUUACCUUCAAAAAUGAGAUACAUAGUUUGCAUCGCACAUAUAACUGAAAUAUCUUAAAACUCACUAAAAUAAAAUGAAAUAAAAUCUGAAUAGAUGCAAAAAAUUAUUGGUGGCUUUGAAUGUAAUUAAAUUGAUGCUACAGGUUAUUAGAUGAGGUCAAAGGCCAUUAUGUAAAACCUGAUGGGUAUCCUUGGUGCUGGUGGGUCCAGUGCCCCCCUACUUGUGGGGCAACAGUUAAAACAGUCAGAAGCAAAGAGGGAAGAGCUUGAGACAGUGGCAAGGAACCCAUGAUUCUUGGUGGCAAGGGAUGAAAACAUGGGGAAGAGGAAUUCAAUGAUUCCAAAAGAAACAUUUUAUGGAACUUUAGACCAUGUAUUGGCUAAUUCAGGUAACAUGUUUUUAGUGAAAAUCAUAUCACAUCUUAGUGUUUACCAAUAUUACUAGUACAAAUAAUAUGAGAUAGUGACUUGGAAACUGCUCAUUAUUCUAUUGCUGUCACAGAAUGCAGUAUUUUGUUGUAAAGCAUAUUAAAUGCACAUGCAAGUUUAUUAAACUAGAAUAUAUCCCUUUCAUAACACCAGACUUCAUUUUGUUGUCUCUCAGAGCUAUACAUUUAUUUCAGUUUAAUUCAUUAUUAUUUCGAUAACAUUAUCUUGGGUGAUAGCUGUAUGAUAGCAGGUGACCAGUUAGCAUAAUUAAUCUAAAUAAUUUGAAUUCAGUGAAACAUUAGUCAACCUGCUAUUUGACUAAGUCAAUACAGCAAAGCAGUGUUUGUAAUGGGGUAAGUGGAAAAUACUCCCUAAAAAAGGAAGCUCAUUUGCAGUACGCAUCCUUCCAUCUUGCCACCACUAACUAGUUAGACUAAAAUAGUUUUCAAGUAAGAAAAAUUACUGCCCAAAGGUAAAAUAAUUUGAAAUAUUUACGUAGUAAAUUGAAUUUUUAAGUGGCAAUUGUUGCUAUUUACUUUUUCUAGCACAGACAAUUUAUUUCAGUAACUUUAAGCAGGAAAAAGUACUCCAAAAUUAAAGUUGGUUUUGGCUUUUCAGAGUCUCUCUGGAGGAUUUCUGGAAAAUUACCACUGUUAAAUUAAAAAUAGACUGCUUCCAUUAACUAACCUCGUGGAGAUGGUAAGUGGAUUAACUAAUAAUGACCAAUUAUAAAUUGACUACAAAUUCUAAGGAGUAGAAAAGCUGAAGCAGGAAAAUUACUCCAAGUUUAUAUAUUAGGCACCUUGGGAAAUUCUCUUAAUCUUUCCAGCUAACAGGGUUUUUCAGCAUAAUGAGCAGACUUAAUGAUGUCAUAAAAUUCCCAGAUACUUUCACAUUCAGUUUAUGCUAAAGUAUAAAUCUUUUGUAGUCUUUUUUCUUUUCCCUCAGCAUCUAGUUAUUUGGCCCAAAUCUAGAACUCAUUGUGAUACAAUUUUUAAAAAAGUUUUAUUGAUUUGUUUUGAUCACUGGAAGCACUUUCUUUUGCUAAAUUCAUUUUUAAAAAAUGUCACUUCUGCUUACUUAUUCCCUGGGUCUUCAUCUUUGAGGCAUUUAAAUAGGUUUAUGCAAAAUGAUUACUGAAAAUCCACUAUACUUCUCAAUAGAAAAAUAAAUCUUCUCUAAAUGAAUAAGUCUAUGCAAAGAAUUAGAAUUGCCAUUGUUCAUCUUUAGAUGGGAAUAAGUUCAAGUGUGUAUUCUCAUAUUAAUUAAAAGUCACAAUGACCUACUUGCUCUAUGCUCUAAAUAAACACUGAAUGAAUGAAAAAUAGAAGACUUAUUCAGAAUCUUAAGAUACAUGUACCUGCUUUGAUUUUAACUAACCAUAAAUUGAUUCUAGAGUUGAGGGAAGAAAUUGUUUUGUAUGAUAUUAGGAAUAUAUUUGUACUGUAUCUAGAAGGGCAGUUACACGUCUUAUUUACCAAUGGAGUUUUUCAUUAAGGAUAUAUCAUAUUAUUAAAUAACAAUGACAGGCAUUUGUUGAGUGCAUAACAUGUGAUGGGCACUGUGCAAAUGCUUUGAAAUGUUUUAUCUCAUUCAAACCCCACAUCCUCCCAUACUAAAAGAGGUAUCAUCUACCGUUUUAUAGAUGAGGAAACUCAAGCUUAGAGAGAUGAAGUAAACUGCCAAGAGUCUUCUUGUCUGUAAGUGUUCAGAGCUGGGAUUGCAAUCCAAGGAGUCUGGCUCCAGAGCAGAGGCUUAAUCACCACGUUGAACAGCUUUGGCCUGCUAAUCACAAGCUUCUUAAAAAGUGAGGCUAUUAUCUAUGAAAUAUAUUUUUUAUGUAAAUUGAUUCCUUUAGCGGGUCAGUUGUAUCAUAAGGUCUAUUAUCCUAUGCUCAAGCUUAAUGGGACAUAUGCUUCCGCACUCCUGCAGUGGUGCUGGGCAAUCAAUACGCAUUUGUUUUAGGGCUCUUUUUUCUUAUGUUCUUAUUUUUUUCUAGUUUUACUUACCAAUUGUGAGAGUGAUGAUAAAAUUUAUCAUCUAAACACUGAAAACAAAAGAUGGUGCUAUGUAUGAUUUCAUCAGGACACCAGGCAGAUAUCACACUUUUUAGCCCAUGGGAAGAACUAAGUGCUUUAUGGAUGGCCCAACCUAGACACAGCAGUGACAUCUGCAGCAAGUUGGAAUGAUAAACAGAUAAACUUUACAAGAAAUAGCCAUUUUUAGCAAAUGUAGGAAAUAGCUAUUUAUGACUUUCACUACAGAUAAGUGCCUAUAAUGAGAUAAAUUAGGAAGCCUCAAGUUUUAUCACUUUAAUACCCAAAGUAUCUAAUAUGAUCUAAUAUUAAGAUUUACUGGCAUUCAAAAGUAUGAUUCAUAAAUUGUAAAAGAAGCUGGCAAAGAAGGUUAUGUUUUGCUGGCCCAUAGAAUACUGAACAAUUCUGUGGGCUUGUAUAUCUUCUGAUUAGUAUGUCAUCAUAAUGUCCGCAAUUCUUAAUGAAUCAGGAAUGCUUGAGUGUGCUUGAUUUACACAAUGAAAUUUGCUUAUGAAAUCAGUGAAUAACAUUGUCAAAAUUACUUUCAAGCUAUAUUUAAGCUGUAACAUUAAUUACUCCUUCAUUGCUCCAAUCAGAAAAUGCUAAGGAAUCCUACUUAGAGGAUUGGUUAAAAUCUAUAUAUUGUUUUGGUGUUAUUAUGUUUAAAAACUUUAUUCCUAACAACUUAUUUUGCUAUUUAAUUUUUAAUUUACUUCAGCAAAUAACUUAGCACAAUUUCUUAUUUUUUUAAAGUCUAUUUGAUAAACAAAUGAAAAUGUUAGAGUAAUUGCAUAUACAAUUAGCUAUAAUGCUAUUUAAUAAAAGAAUAACAAAACAUGACACUAACUGCUUUUGUAAUUUUUAAGAUAGAAAUGUGACCAUAACCUGUGUGUCUUUAAAUCAAAGACCACAGAUUUAUUGUCAUAUAAUUUCCCAGUGACUGUAAUGUUUUCCUUCUUUAGCAUACAUGUCUUCUAUCCAUGCCUUUCUGUAAUGUGGAAGCAACAUAGAAAAUGUCUGUAUAGGAAAUGUUUUAAAAAACUUUUCUGUUGCGUGUAUCUCAAAAGUUAUAUCUAAUAUGUAACCAAAUUCGAUAAAAUUUACAUUUUGAAUUAUAAGUAAAGAAUUGGAAAAUACAUUCUCAAAUUUUUAACUUUUGAUACUGUUUUAAAAGUGACUAUAAAGACACUCAAUGAUAGAAAAAGUUCAUUAUUUUAUCUGCAUUUACUCAUAAAAAAUUUAUCCUUCUCAUGUUCAACGAAAAAACUUAUCUAGAACUGGGACUUAUUUUGACACAUCAAAUCAGAAAUCAGUCAUAAAGCAGUUUUUAAAAUGUACCAAAAUUUAUUUGGUACAUUUAAAAAAGCCAGUCUGGCCUUGAAAAAAAUGGACAUUUAUAAUGAAAUUAAUGCAUAGAGCAAAUUUGCUUGUUCUGAGUAAAUUUGUAAAAAUUUUGUAGUGUCAUUUUAGAUUGCAUCAAUGAAAAUGGUUACAAAUUAUUUCAAAGUUUCCAUUCUAUGUAAACGUCUGCUGAUACAGAAGACAAUCAAUAUUCCUUCAACAAUUCUAACAGUCAAGGGAAAAAUUAAAAAAAAAAAUUAGAGAAGAUUCUAGAAUAUUUCACUAUGUAUUAUAUUUGACUCUUACUUAACCAAGACAAUUAAAUAUGUGCUAAAAUUAUUAAUGGCUAACAAAGAACUGUGUGUGUUCUAAGCCAUGUGAAAUGAAUUUAAAAAACGUAAUUGUAUUUUGCUAUCAUUGGACUAGAAGCCAAGGAAGGCUUUUAGUGGAAGGUCAAAAAUCUAGAUAAAUGCUCAGGUGUGAGAUUGCUUGUCAUAUGGUAAAUACAUGUUUAUUAUUUUAAGAAACUGCUAAACUUGUGUGAGUUCUAUAGACUUGGAAAAAAACAAAAACAAAAAAUGAAACUGCAACCUUUCAGGGAGUCUGUACAUUUCCACAAGCAAUGUGUGAAACAUGAGUUCUGUGCACCCUUAUCAGUGUUGAGUAUUCUAUUUUUUAUUUUAGCAAUUCUCAUAUGUGGUGAUAUCUCAUUGCGAUCUUAAUUUCCAUUUUUUUAAUGGCUCGUGAUGUUGCUAUCCAUGCAUCCUCUGUAGGGUAAUGUCUCUUCAUGUCUUUUGCUCAUUUUCUUGUUGGAUUGUUUGCUUUGCUGUUACUGUUGAGUUUCAGAGUUCUUUAUGUAUUCUAAAUGAGUCCUUGGUGAGAUCUGUAUGUAGUUUGCAAAUAUUUUCUCCCAGUG